AUGGAAGCCAUAUCUCAACUGAAGGAAAGAUUGUUAAAAUCUGACUAUUUGAUAAAGAAGUACAAGGAAAUGGAAGCUGAAUUAUCUCUGACUCAGCAAGAACGAGAUCUCUAUAAAGCCUAACUUGAAGAAUCAAAAUAGUAAAUAUCAAAGAUUGUUAAUGAAAAAACUCAAGAUAAAUUUAAUCUUGAAAGCAUAAUAUAAAAUCAAAAUCUUAAAAUUGAUGAAUUGAAGUAAAAAUAAAGAGAUUAUGAUCAGAUGGUAAAGAUCAAAGAAGAUUUUGAAUACAAUCAAAGGAUUAAUAGAGAUGAAAACUAGAAGCUGAAUCGCAAAGUAGCUCAACUUAAGAAUUAAUUAGACCAAAAGACUUAUUUGUUGCAAAAUUUAAGAUAAUACAGUUUUACUGACAAAUAGGCAGAGGAGAUUAAUUCUUAAGAUAAUAAUGAUUUGGGAGAUUAGAAUGAUUUUAAGUUUGAUGAGAGGAGAUUCUAAGGACAGGAAGUUAUAGAUAUAGAGUAGAUAAAAAAAGAAUAUGAGAAUAGGUUAAAAAGUGAAAAGUCAUUGAAUAAAAGUGAAACUAUUGAGAUGUUUCUAAAGAAAAGAGUGGCGAAGAGCGAGCUUAAAAGGUCUAAAUAGAGACUUCAAAAAAGAGUUCGAUUUAAUGAUGAAUAAAUUAUCGCAUCUGAAUGCACUGCAAAUAAAUAAUAGACAUCUGAUUAAAUCAAUUUGUAAUGA